GUGAACAGUUCCUGGUUUACCAGUGAAGAAGAAAGAGAGGCAGCGUUAAACCAUCAGAUCCUCCAACAUGAACGUCUGUCAGUCUCUGAUCUGCUUCUUCUUCCUCACACUGCAGGAUGGAAAUAUUGGUCUAAUCAAUGCACAAAUCAUCAAGGCUACAGGAACUGAAGGAGGAAACAUCACAGUUAGAUGCUCCUUCACUUUCUCUGGAUAUAGGAGGAUCUUCUGUAAGGAAGAAUGUAAAGAUGGAGACAUUCUCAUUGAGACAGAAGAGGACACAGCUCAGGGAGGCAGAUACAGCAUCAGAUAUGAUGGAGGAAUUUUUCCAUUGUUUGAGACAGUUCUGUAUGUGAGCAUCACAAACCUGACUCAGUCUGACUCAGGACGGUACAGGUGUGGUUUGGACAGAUCUUUCUUCCCAACAUCAUACCAGGAGAUUGAGAUCCAAGUUACAGAUGCUCCAACCUCUCCUCUCAGACCUUCUUCACCAUCAGUCCCAUCAGCCUCCACACUGAUGACAUCACAGAGUUUAAGCCCCACACCUUCAUCAGCCUCCACACUGAUGACAUCACAGAGAUUAAGCUCCACACCAGCUGCACCUGCAGCUCCAGGUGCUCUGCUGUAUCUGGGUCUGACUCUGGUCCUCUUCUUCAUCAUGUUAUCAGUGGCUUUGCUGAUUUUCUGCAGGAUGAGGGCCAGGAAACCCAAAGAACCUCCUCUGGAAACUGAGUACUCUAUUGUCACAGAUGUGAGUUUGGGUUCAUCUGGACAUCUCAGCAUCAUUAGUGUUUGA